AAGUGGAUAAAUUUAUUAAGGAGCAGGCCCAGGCCGGCGGAUGAAAAAGCUAAGCUCAGCGGAGUAGCGAAAACACGAUCGACUUUCCGGUGCGUCGGAAAAUGCAGAAGGAAGAGAGACAACAAAAGUUCCAUGAGGCCCUCCUCGAUAUGCUUUAUCCUCCUCCAUCUCCUCCUCAUCUAGUUCAAGAUGGGGGAGAACCGUUGAACGUAUUGAGCGAUGGAUUGAAUUUGAAUCGUACUCGAGGUCUCUUUUUAGAUGAAUUGGGGCAGAAUGGAUCCUCCUCGUCCUCGUGCAGUGAAGACGGGGAUGAAAUUGGGCCCGGGAAGCUAUCGAGGGCACAGAGGAAGAGGCUUCGGAAGAGGAAGCUCAAGGAAGAAGCUUCACGUCGCAGGAAGAUUAUUGGACCCCUGUUACCUGCUGAUAGUGGUGAUGAUGGCCAUGGCAAUCCCAGAAAUGAGCCUCAAGGUGUUCGACGCAAUGUCUCCGAAGAAUCAGAAAUUGGAGACAAGCCUGGAGAUGCUGCUGCUUGCAAAAACUAUGACAAGAUAAAGCACAGAAGGAUGGCGAAAAAGCUGGCCAGGGAGAGGUUAAAGCCCCCUGCUACAGAGAAUUCUGUUCAAGGUUAUGGUCCUUUGAGUAAAAAUGGGAGCUUGACCAAAGAAUGAAUAAAGUUUUGUGGCCAAUUUGUUUGAGUUGUAAUGAUCAAAUAACUCUUUUACAGUUGUAGUUCUUUUAGCUUGUAUUUGUUUAUUUCUUCCCCUAAAAUUAGUUGAGUGGAUAUCCUAGCAUGUAAGUGACAGGGUAAAGUCAAGAAAUGAAAUGAGGAUACAACACCUUUGAAGUUCAUUCCACAGUGUUAUUUAUU